AUGGUGAAAAUGGACGAUCAGUUGCAGUCUCACUCCGCACUACCUCUUCUUUCAAAACCGGAUCGCAUGGAUUCUUUCAUGAAGCAUAUCAGAAAACAUCCUAAUUUAUCAAGAUGGCGAUAUAUUUUUAAAUUUGGGAAAAAGAACAGUGAAUGUGUUCCAUUGAAUGAAACGAUUGCGGAUGUCAACAACAAAAGCUAUUUGCUAGAUAGGAUUGAGUCUCUUGAAGAUCGUCUUAUUCAGCUUUCUUUAGAGAUUGAAACACGAAGAACAUCACGCACAUCGACAACAGCAUCAGCAAUUCCAGGGACACGGGAAUUACCGAUUUCUUCAUACCCGGUUUUCAACAAUCCUAAGCCAAAAUGCAAGCGUGUAGCUUCUGAUGUUUUACCCAUAAGCACUGGUGGUGAAUUACAGAAGAGAUCUGAAACACUGAAUCCGAAGCAAAAACGGAGGAAUGGAAAGAGUAAUGUGGAGAAUUGUAAGACAUUCAAGAAUGGGAAGAAAAAAGCUCACAGUUGGCCACACCUAAAGAUAUUAGGUUGCUAACUUGGGCUUGUAUCUGAAAAGAAAAAGAACGCGUCCUUCCCUCUUUUACCCUCUUACGGAUUCCAAAACCAUACACCCACUUUCAGAACGCCUCUACCAACUCCUCCCUUCUCCGACCAUCUUGAGCGCCAAUCGCUCCUUCUACCUCCUCCGGUUGCUGACCUCCCUAAAUCAACUCCCCUCACGACUUCCGACGCUAAGCUCCAACAACAUUGCCCCUUCUUUGACAACAUUCACCACCUUCGACAGCCUCCGCUAGCAUCGCCAACGACGAUGGCCUCAUGUUCAAGAAAAACAUAUCGAUUAAAGCACGCUACAAAGGAAAUCAAGAGAAGGAAGCCGCAUACCCGGAAUUCAAGAUGUGAAGCGAACAUCCCUUAUGUUGGAUUAAGGUUUCCAAGGUUAUUCAGAUUAUAGAGAUUGAUUUCUUUGAUGGAAGACUAAAUAUAAUAAAAUUGACUGGUUGAUUUCAGGUAAGUUUUUUUACUCAUCUUUCAGCACUCUAAUUACAUGCUUUCAACUUAAAACGAUAGAAAAUUUAUUUUGAAUUUUGAUACGUUGUCUUUCAUUCGUUAUCAGUGUGGGGAGUAGAUGGCAAUACAAAAUAAUUUAUGGGUAGUGCACUAUUCAUCUUUCUCUUUUCUACUUCUCUCCUUUUUCAACUCAUUAGGUAAAAAGCAUUUCAAGUCGUUCCUCUUCUUUUUUCUAUGCAUUCCUUUCAUGAUUGUAUGUUAUGAUUUAUGUAUUUCUUUCUGAAAUUAGGGCUUUUUUUACAACUUAAAGCUUCAUCAUAUCUUAUUCAUUGAUCUCUACCAUUGUGGAUACAUUCAAAAACUCAGAUUUUGCAAAAGAAAGAAAACCCAUAUUUGUUUUCAAGUAAAUUCUGUUAUGAUUUUGUCUAUAUUCAUGCUUUUGUUGAAUGUCUAUUAUUGUGUUCAUCCAUGUGUUUUUGUAUCCAUGUGUGUGAGUGUGAUUAAUUUUCUGAUUUGCACAUCUUCAAACAAUAACAAGUAUUCAAUGUGCUGAUGGUUAUGCGUUGUCUAGUAGGCUUUUAAGGACAUCAUUCAGGACUACAAAGUAUGGUCAUGCAUGGUUAAGGAACAUGGUAUGUUUUGGACUUUCUACAAACCCUACAAGAAUGGUCUUUUAGAUAUGGUAUUGCUUUUGACUUUUGACUUUGCUUCUUUUUUUUAUUAUUGUUUGGAUUCUAGUGUUAAAUUUGGAAUGAAAUUGAAUUUUUUCUUAAAUAUAUGAUUUGUGUUCUAGCUUAUUGUGUGUGUGUGUUUUUUUUUUAAAUUUUAUGGAUCAAGUUGUAUUUCUAUGUGUUUAGGAGUAUUUUUCUGAAGUAGAUAGGAUCUGGCUUUGAUUAUCAAUAGAAAGGUGACAAAAAAGUGUUUCCAUAUUAUGUGGUUUUCUUUUGAGAUAAGUUACAAAGUUCAUGGACAAUUGUCAAGGUCAUACUAUUUUAUUAUGUUGCAUGCUCAAUUUCCAUUAUUGCCAUUGUUCCUUUUUCAAAUUCCAUUCUUUUAUUAUAAAAGUAUCCUUAUAGUGUUUUGAGUUGUAUGCCACUUUAAUGAGAGCAAGAUGUUAUGUUUGGCAACUUUUGCAACUAUGCUUAUCUAAGUGUGACUGAAUUGAGCCUCUGUUGGAGUUGGUAUGUUGUAGCUCCUCUUUUGAACAAAUUUCAUAUUUUCAUUUAAUCUAUAGUUUAAUCACAGAUUAUGUAAGCUUGUUAAUGGUGCUAUUCGCCACCAAUCCAUUAUUCUGGAGCUCAUUCGGUACUCAUAUCUCAACGAAACACAAUCUUUUCACAACAGUUUUUACACAUACUACACUUUGAUCCAUUUUUUCUUGCAAGAAACAAUAACAAAAAUAUAAAACUACUACGACCCAUAUGAAAACUAAUUUGAAGAUAAUAAAAACUACCUCUUAAUUAUUGAUAAAUAAUGACAGGUUUUGUGUUUACAUGGAUUAGAAAACAGUCCUGGAC